GCGCGCCUUGGCACUCGGCGAGGCGGCGCGCACCGCGACAGACCGACAGGAGCGGUGGAAAGCGGAGCUCGGCUGAAGCGAGUCGAGGCUCAGUCGCAGUCACGAAGCGGCGCCGAGCACUUCCACUCGGUUGGCCAGUCGUCCCUCGCUAUCCGCCUCUUUCCUGUCUCUUUUUCUCUCUGUUUCGUGUCGGCUUCCCUCGAUAAUUUCUCCAACGUGGAGAAAAAAAAGCACCAAGAACCUGUCGCGUGUUUAUAAUUAAACGAUUGCAUCGACCAAAGUGUCCGCAAGAAACGUUACUCCCUUUUUUCCUCUCUGUCGAUCCCCUCUUUCCUAUUUUUCUCUCGUCACGUCCCGUUCUUCUUUCAUCCUGAUAUCCGAAGGCGGAUCUCGCGCGCGCGCGCGCGACCUAACGACGCGAUGAAUUUCUCUCGAGAGCCGACGAACGCACGGCGUGGCUCCAUGCGCUUCGCCGCGCCUCACUCCGGCUAUAAUUAACAAAACCGCUCUCGUACUGCCGAGAGAAACUGUUCCCUUGUAACGUGCUGACGCUCGCGAUCAUGCCGCCUCCCGACGAACCUGUGCUUUAAUCGUUUUUACAUUCCACCGAUUCGAAGACAAAUCGAUCAACAGUGUAUCGUAGGUGGUGAGAGACAGUAGCCGAAUAGAUGGAUCGUCGUUAGAAGCUGGGAAGAGAGGCGAGACUGUGUCCAGGGCACGCGAACGCCAGCAAACACGGCCACCGCGAACCUUGACCGUGAGUCUCUGUUCAGGUCUUUCCGUGGAACGACCGACCUAUUAACCGAUCUAUUCUCAUCUCUGGCGGCGUACUCGACGCGCGACUGCCUUCCAAACGCGACGUUACUCCGCGUUCGCGUCUUUCAGUGUAAAAAGUGAGUUCGCGCGGUAUCGGAAAGAUCAUAGCCGAGCCUUUCUGCGAUCAGGCUCGACAAUUUUGUUGCGUACGUCGCCAGUGUACGUCAGGAAAGAGAGCAGCUAGAAGAACUGUCGAGGUUUCGAACAACCGUGACAAGUGGAUUUCGCGAGUGUCGAGAAAGAACGAGCUUCGGAGACGUCGGUGUGUGAAGCGGGAUCCUCUCCCGGAUCGCGACGGCUGCCACGUUUCGAAUAGCAGUUUCGUUGGCGAUGCGCGAGUAGGUUAGAGGAGAAGAGAGCGGCCGAGAGACGGAGAGAGACAGCGAAGAACCAGCGGCGAAGAUAGAGGAGAGACGCUUUUAAACUGAUGAGAUGACAGUGCUGUGCGUGUUGUGGGCGACUCUGUCCACCGUGGCAUCGAUUCUCGCCUGCUCCGGAUUUUACCUGCCUUACUGGAUUCAGGGACGACUGCUAGGAAAGGCAGACGCGUACUUUAGUUCCUUUCGACGCUGCAACUAUCCACGGCUCAGGACAACGAACGCCCCUCCCGAAAUAGUUUACGAGUGCGCCAGAUACUCCAGCUUUUGGGACAUUCCGAGCGCUUGGUGGCAGGCGAGCACCGUCACCAUGGGAAUCGGUGUCGCGAUCGCGCUGAUCGGCGCGCUCACCCUGCUAGCCGCUGUCACCAGCUUCCUGCCGCACAUACUGAAAACGCCUAAGCACACCAGAGUCCUGGGCUCCCUGCAGUUGCUCGCUGCAGUGAUGAUAUGCGGCGGCCUGGUGAUGUAUCCUAUAGGAUGGGACAAUCGGGAGGUACAGGAGUCCUGCGGGAAGAGCGCCAAUGUAUACAAUCUCGGAAAGUGUUCCGUGUCAUGGUCGAGCCACCUGCUGGUAGGCUCGGUGGCGCUAUUAAUGCUGUGCUUCGGAUUGAGCUUCUGCGCCGCACGACACAAGUCAUCCAACCCACACACCGAUCCUCUGCGCAUUUGACAAUCGAGAUAUUCCCAAUCGAUUCACGCCUAUGCCUCGCCGAAGACGACCACCCUCUCUUUCGUCACGGUCUGUUGAUCGUGAACCGGACGAGCAUCGAGAAACCACCACGAGCCUCUGCGUUCACCUGGGUACGCCACCACACGUCACACACCACACACCACAUGUCACACAUCACACGUCACACGCUUGUGUGCGACUGCGUCGAUCUCGGCGUCUGUCUAAAGCUGGGAUUUCUUAUUAGCGUCGGACGCAUUUACGCGUCUUUCGGUCGAACGCAAUAUUUACACGCAGACAGAUUUCCUAUCGGUGUAACAUACUUGUAUUAUAAUACAACGAAGAAGAAUAUGGCAGACAGAAGCGUAACGUACAGUAGAAUUUCGUUUGCACGAACGAGUUGACGCUCAGCUUCACGUACGACCCUCUCACAAGCUAAACGAUCGAUUAUGUUAUUAGAUAUCUUCAUUAUUCGAUUCUCAAGAAACAAGUAAAUUUUGUGAAUUCAUUCGUUCGUUGCCAGAAGAUGAAUAAUAGGAUAAAUUCUAGAGUAAAUUUAAAAAAUAGCGUUUUUAAAGUCGCACUUUGUUAUUCGGCCGAAUAUAAUUUUAAUCGUAUGCACAUUCUUACAACGACUGUACGCGAUCAUUUAUGUUGCAAACUAAAUUCCCAAUGUCGAAGAAGAAAUAGUUGAACAGGAUACCGAAACCACUGCUUCGCCACAAUUCCCGAAUAUCAACUUGUAUCGUUCGAACUAGUCAGACGAGGUGUCUUUUCUCAAACUUUAUCGCUAGAAUUGCUCGGUUAUCCGAACUAACGCGUUCCCCUGUUGAGAAACGAGCUUCUACUGUGCUUCUAAAUAAUUUUCAACUGUUACAUUUGCAUUAGACACGAUGGACGCUUAUAGGAAAUCCUAUCUUAACGCGUCUCGCACUUUACUUACGAACGAAUGAUUACGGAAUUACCUUGAAACGACCACCGAUCGUCUUGUCGAUCGACAACGUUUUUUUAUCGACGGUAUUUCGCCUGCAUCAAACUUCGUAAACCAUGUGCACUGACCGACAAGUUGAAGCUAUCGACAAAAUCGUAAUCGACAUUGAGUUUCGUCAACGGUGUGCAAAUUAUCAACGCUAGCGUCGUCGUUAGUCAGCACUCGAAUAAUACGACAGUGUUUUAUUUUUGCUUCUUCCGUAACGCUUCGUCUCGUGAUAAUUUCUUAAACAUAUUUUUUAUCAGAGACUGCGUCGUUUGUAAGAAGAAUAUAGUCGACGGUGAAUGCACAACGUUGACAAAAUCGAAAGUCGACGAAAACACUGGCGACGCUUUCAAUCCGAUUAACGCGUACAUAGCAUCGUUGAAGCUCAAUGUCGAGAUAUUCGUCAAUGAAAAAUUCGUGAAUGAUCUUGGUCAUUUAAAGGUAAUUUUUAUGUGUAUAGCAUAGCGUUUGCUCCACCGGACGGUGUUUUCGUUCCUGGUUUCCGAACCGUGUUAGACGGUUCGCCUCGACACCCUAUCGAUACCGCCCCCUCCUAUCGUUAAAAAAAGUUUCGCUAUAAAAAAAAAAAAAAAAACAAAAAGAAAAGAAGAAAAAACGUAGGUGCGUGGAAUGCAAGAACAUCGUCUACGGUAUGUUUCAAGGAAGAGAAAUUUCAAGAAGAUUCAUCGAGGAAUAAAGCUGAACACGACUGAAGAGGCAAAUGCAGCAGGGAGCGAGCCUAGUUUGCUAAUCGAUGCGAAGCUUCUGGCAGCGUUAGACCACGCGAGAUUCUCGCGUAUUUGAACGAAUCGUUUCGCGUUACGAUCCAGCCGUCGCGGCUAAAUUAAAUUACGCGCGCACGACCUGACUUUGCAGCGCUCCUCGGCGUCGCAGACAGCGAUUAAUUUCCAUCAGGCAAGUCAAACCUUAGCUAGAAUCAGUGACAACGCGGUCGCGUGAAACGACUUUGCUUUCUAGAUCCGAUGGCACGGCUGUUCCUCUCCUUAGGAAGAGACGAGUUAAUGCGAAUUGCCAAUUUCAUGUAAUUUGGUUUCUGUACUUCGACGGCUAGUAGCGUGUUGUAGCGCAACUUUAUACGAAACAGUUUUGUUUCAUAGGUUCUAUGCAAAAAUAGGGAAAUUAUCGAUCAGGCCAUCGGAGCGUUGUUCUCUCGCGCAGGAGACCAUAGACGAUAGACAAUUUGCGUCCUACCAUGACGCUUUAAUUGUAAAUUCUCUAUCUUUUUACGUGUCGUUUACUACGGUACCCGUUGCAUCUACGCGCGAUGAAAGAUCGCUGAUCCGUAUCGGAGCUUAGCCAGGCUCCGACGAAAAAGGAGACGUUCCGAAUAGCAAGAAUAUUUUAGACAGGUAACGCAAUCUCUAGACACCUGUUCGUUGUCGAAAGCAAACUCCUCUCGCCUAUGUUCUUUAUGACCAGCAUUUAAUAUUUGGUAUUCGAAUGCUACUAGCUCGGAGUUUGCUUCAGGGCGUUUCGUAUCCACCUUUGUAUCCAGCUUUCGUUUGUUUCUCCAGCGAAUUCACUCAUCUCGGGGCUGGAUAAGGCAACAGUCACGCUGCGUUGCCUUUUUCACUCCGCCUUUGUUCACGAGUUCGCCAUCCGAAAGACUAAACUUUCCACGUUUAAUCCUCGUUGUUUCGAGCGAUCGCGGUAAGUAAAUUUGGUCGAGCGAUGGCGCGAUUCGCCGCCACCGAUUAUCGAUGAGGAGUAUAUGGGAAAAUUGGAAAAAUCGAACGACGGCUGAUACGUCAACGAUACUCGAGCCGCGUUCGAAAUUCUAUGCCGGAGCUCGUUAGCUGUGCGCUAACAAAAGGGUUAGGUGGCUCGAUUCAGCCGGUCCAGUGAAAAGAACGAAUCACGACGCGCCAUCGACCUCUUUCCUAAUUUGCAUGGAAGGCGCUCGUCGAAUCGCGGUUCGCCGCAAUUAAAAUUAUGCGACCGAAAAGGAAAAAAGGGGGGAAAGGGGGAGAGAGAAGAAACGACGGGAGCCAGGGGGAGGACAGCUGUUGGGAGUUUGAUUUUCCUGGCGGAUUUUCGAGCAGGUACCCUCGAACGCGGCGUUUCACGAAGCCGGCUCGCAUUGUGUGGAUUAAAUCCGCGAUGCUCGAAGAGGCGUGGGGGCCGGCUCGUUCUGGUUCCACGCAUCGUCGGUUUCUCGCGGUCGCGUUCUCGCGUAAGCUUCAUCCGUGGUCGAUCCGGGACCAUGGAACAUUGGAUUCGUCGCGGUUCGACGGACCGAACGCGUGGCCAAAUCAACGUUCAGUCUCCAAAUCUUUGAAUUCCACGGACGUUUUGACUUUUCCGUGCAAACGAAACUCGUACAAAACCGUACGAGAGUGUUAAAGCGUAUAUUACGCGUUGGUCCUUGCAAAACAGUGGAGGCCGCGAGAAAGGGAAAAGUGACGUAAAGAGAGCGGAAAAAGAGAACUCGAUGGGAGGUCACGUGUUACGCGAUUUUCCGGCCGCGGCAAAAACAACGGCGCCUUUGAAAAAUGUCAUAAAAUCGCUAAAAGCCACGGUCUCUGUUUCUGUCCGCUUUUUCACCUCCCCUGGUCGUCUCUCGCCCCAUCCGCGCCUUGUUUCUUUCUCUCUGCUCCGCUUUGUGCGAAACGAGACACGAAAUUUUCGAGUGCACCGCUAGACGGAAAACGUAACUGUAAAACCGUGACUCGCUCGUCCGUGCUUUUUCCUACCAUUCCUUAGCCUCGUUAACGACAGGCGUGGACUAAUUGCAAAGCGGACUACCACCGCGCCUACACCGCUGUUCUAGCAUUCUAGCGCGAGCUCGGCAACGCGCAACUUUUCCAGAAACUACCGUUUUAUUCGAAACGUCGUGAAUUUUACAAUUGAAAAUACACCUUGCAACUUCGAAACCGGUUACGAUUCAUAUCCAUGUUUCUUAAGACCUUUUUGCCUGUUUUCACAAAUGCUACGUGCUCUCGAAAUUCAACCGCAACUUUUUGGAAUACCCUGUAUACUCGCGCGACGUUCGUUUCACGAUGAAUCCACAGAGACUACCGUCUUCUUAUUAAAAUAACAUCGAGAAGAUUGUAUUCGCAAGAAACGGUCGUGGAAGCGCGCAAACUUGCUACGGAGUGUUUCGAACGCGAAUCUGUAUUUCCUUAGCGUAACGCGGAAAGUAUAUGAAACUCGGCGGAGCGGUUUAAACGAACAGUAAUUUAAAUGGUAAUCGAGGCAGACGGUAUCGCGCGGCGAUUCUAACCUAAAUUUAAAACGUCAAAACUUCAGUGCUUCUCGUUCCUAUCGUCGGAGGAAUCAAUUGCGGUGUUUCCUCGUCGCGUUAACGCGAAAGUUGUUCGCGCGGAAACACCGAAGAAGAGCGACCGCCGACGAAAGAUUUACCGUACGAGGAUGCGAGGAACCGGUGUAAAAGAAGAGUCAGGAAGUGAAACAAUCGAACGAGGUACACGUCGGGUUGGCCCGCCUCGAGUUUUUCUCUUUUCGCUCCUUGUCCUCGACUCUGCGCUUUCUUCGUCCUCCAGCCGUUCGACCAACAUGCGUCGCAACGUGUCCUCGGCGUUACGCCGUUACACCCCGUGGAAAUUAUUACGCUCGAUUUCCCAUUUUUAACGUCCCUUUCGCCGCCCUCUUUCGGUUCACCCUUCCCCGCCAUUUUCUAGAGGACAGUUUCUCUCGGUGGGCUGAACACGGUUGCCUCUUCGCCAGGAACAAGGAGGACCGCUGAGCGAUCGAUCGACAUCUUCGGUUCGAGCUGUCCGAAUCAGGCCCCAGGAUCCAGGCAAACUUCCCUUCUAAAUCCAGACUUGUCCACGAGGCUGUGUCUCUCGCACGAUUUCCUCUUCUUGCUAUCUUUCUUCUCACGAUCCCCUUUUUACCUCUUAUCGACUUUCGGCAUUCUCGCACAGAAUCGUUUCUCUCUGCUCCGCGAACGAAUCACCGAAGAACACCUCGCACAGUGCUUAGUCGCGAGCCAGGGACACGAAAGCGGCGAGAGGCAGAGAGUGUGUUCUCGUGACCGAUCGAGCUAUCGGGACACGGGAAACGAGGGUCGAAAGGUUGGAUUUUCUACGGAUAAGCGUCCGACGUGUGAGUGUUUAACGCGUUGACCGCCACGUCAACGUGCACGUCCGUGACCCAAAUUUUCCUCGGUUACUACAUUUUUUAGAACGAUGAAGUAAGAUUGUGCGUUAUGUGCGUGCAGGUAGACCGCGGAUUUUUAUACAUUUUUCGGAGAUUUAAUUUCGUGCAAACGUACACGGUACACAUAGCGUGUAUAACAUAGGAAAACAUACGAAAUAUCGGAAGUACGAUACUCUUUGCAAUUUAUAAUUACAAAUGUUACAAAACAGUGUUCCGUUUAUCGGUCCACUUUUUAAAAUACAUUCGCAGGAACAUUCGCUGUCUACGUAUUUAAUUCCUUCGUGUACGUGCUUGAUGGAACGACGAUCUGUCGGAACACGAAUUCGCUCUAACCGUAAGCAUCGGACGUAAACGUCUGACGCCCGUAGAAAAUCUCGCCCGAAGAGUCCGAUCGAUCAGCGUAUCGAUCGGCGACUAAAGUUCAGCCAUCGUUCGGAUCUCUGCGAAUGUGCAACGGAAAAACGAGCCGCGGCUGCUAGCGAAAAGGUACGAGUUUGCGUUUAUAUAAAGCCACCGCAUCGGGCGGAGUUCCAUUAAGAGAGAAACGAGCGCGACUUUCGUUCCAGUCCGAUGCACAGGGUCGACGUCGGUGUGUGCCGACGUACCUAUUGACUUUUCCAUCGAACGAUCUCCGAUAGCGACCACGCGAGUAAACCAAAAGCGCGAGACGAGGAAAGAGAGAAGAUUACCGUUACUAUUCGCGACGUGUAUGCCACGACGUGCAUUGGAACGCGGGAUACACGGAGAAAAACGAGAGUAGCCAAAGCCCGGAUAUCCCGCGGCGAGUUAUCGACGAAAGUCGGAUGAAGCAAAAGUUGGGCGACUCGUUCGCUUAAGAGUUUACGCCUCGAGGAUGCCGCGAUACGUUGCGGCUUACCGAUCCUCGAUCCUUGUUCGUGCGCUCGCGAUCGAAUUUUCCCUUCGAUUUCCAACGAUCCGCGACCUGUUGCGAGAACGCAAGCUUGUGUUUGUCCUUGCUCCACGUUUCGCGACCCACAUUGCGUGUCCUCUAUUCAGGCAGACUGAAACGCAAGUGGAAUUAUUCGAUAAAACGUUAAUUUUGUCGUGUUUUGUACUUUAUUGCGCUUUGGU